AUGCCACAAGCUAAGUAACAGCGAAAACAACUACAGAGAGAAAGAAAAAAAAAGAACGAGUGAGAUAGAUAUAUAAUUGAGGAGAAAAUGGAGAGGGCAGGCUUAGUGGUUUUGAUAUGCUUGUUGUGCUUGGUGGGUAUGAUUCCAAUGGCAGCAGAGGGAGAUACAACUCCAAGUGAGUGUAAGAGGGAGAAGGAUCUUCUCGUUGGUGCAUGCAAACGUGUUGUUGUGGGGCUUGAACCAUCUGCAGCCUGCUGCCAACGCGUUCUGGUUACUCAUGCUGAGUGUGUGUGUCCUUACCUUAGUCCCAAGGUUGCAAAUCUUAUCAAUGUCAAUCGCAGCAUCAGGCAAAUCCAACGUUGCGGAAGGACUGUUCCUCACAACUUCAAGUGUGGAAGUGUCACCACUCCGUAAGAAGAUCAAAGACGUCGAGUCCUACAAGAACAAUAAAAAUAUAUACAUAUGAAUCUUCGCUAUCCUAGCUUGAAGUACGUGGUAUUUGUGCCAAUGAAUUAAAUAAGGUCGAGAUUCAGUGGAGGAAACUCAGAAGGAAUGGAUGUCUGCCAUAAUAUAAAAAACAAAAUUCAGAAUGUAUUAAGUUCAUCCUAUUUUGUAUGAUAAUUUAAAUAUAUCAAUUCAAUGAAUAUAUAUAUAUAUA